ACACCAUCGCUGCAAACAUGGCGCCUCCCUCGGAAUGUCAGCGUUGGGGAGGUAGCUAUCGUUCGUACUUUCUCAGGAUUUUAAUCUUAUCUUCGGUUGUAUCAGCUGGACAUGCCUACUACCGGAGACCUAACGAAAGGUGCACGAUACCUCAGACACUACAGGGUGAAUGGUACUCCAAGGAGAGCGGCGAUGACACCUACACGACCAUCGAUAACAACCGCAUGUCCAACCGGGGUGACUGCCUGCACCUUGUCAACAGAAAUAACGACAACUUUACCAUUAUAUUUGAGUACAGUGCCUGUUACUACUGCGUCCGCAUAUUUGUGCGGACCCUGAAUGUCUUGGAAAAGAUUGAAACCGGCUGCGUCAACCUCAACGAAGGCGAAAUACCUGACAUCAAGACCGUGUGCCGCUCCCUGGAUGUCAAUCAGGAGAGGACCACUCUUUUUUCAACCAACCCGACGGCGAAGAAUUGUCGCUCGAGCCUGGAAGGCGUGUGGAAGUUUGCAUACCAAAACACGUACAAGUUCACAGGCGAGUGCAAGCAUCCAGACGCCAACAUAACAGCCUGUCAGAUGCCGGGAACUCAGUUCUUCGUCGUCAACCAGCAGUUCACCAUCAAUUACAAGCAGUGUGAGGGCAUGCAGGAGACCGAGGAAGGAGAGGUCCAGUACAAGUGCCUUGGCGACUGGUACAUCGGCAAGGACCACUACUUUGCUGUCAUGAAUACUCGAGAGAGCCGUAUUGAUCAAAAGUACCGUUGCUUUUUGGCAAACAGAGACGACGAUAUCUACCUGGGUGUCUCCAUCGAACCUGAGUGUUCAUCACUUAAAACACCUCAAGAGUCACCAGAGCGCUACCGCUUGGAACAAGUGAAAACCGAGAUUGUGCAGCCCAGCUGCACGCUUCCCGACAACUUCACCGGCACCUGGCUCAACACAGCCAACUUUGAUGCGCUAGUCGUCAUCAACAAGACACACAUAGUCGAAACCUGGAAGCCCGACACCGGUCGGAUCAGGGAGCAGAUCUACGUGUGCGUCGAGGCGCGUGAGGACAGAUACCUCAUGGCUCGACACGGCAUCCACGGCUGCCAGAGGGACUUUGUUUGCUUCAACUUUGUGCCUCGUCAUCACAGUGUCAUUCGUUACAGGAAAGGCAAAGAGAUGAUCACCGAUGUGUUCUCGACUGUCUGUUCAGUGGACCAUGUUCCCGACAAGCAACAGUGGCGUUACGACAUUCUGAUCUCGAGAGAGCCUGUCUCCAUCAAGUGCCCAGUGGCAGGCAAGUUUCGGUUCGACCAAACAGGCGACAUACCUUUUGAAACGCGAAUCCGCGGAGGGGUCACCCAGAUUCCGCGGCCCAAUGUUUAUUGCAAGGAGAACAUCUCCGACUUCUCUGUGUGCGACAAGGAUCAGAAGAUCAUCUUCAUCGAUGCCAACUACUGCAUUUCUGUCGACUACUUUGGCCGGCCUGUGGACAUCUACAGUGAACCUGACUACGAGCUCAAGUGCAUUGCGUUCUGGAAAGAAAACUUGCGGUCAUACCUCAUCACCUACAACGAGGAGGACGCUUACAGCAAAUAUCGGUGUUGGGUGUACCAACGAGCAGAUCUGAACCGCAUCCUCAUGUCCCAGUCGGUGGGAGCAUUUUGCCACGUCUUGCAAGACGUCACGUCCAACAACUACACCGAGGGUGCCGAAGUCGCCCUGGACAUGGUCGAGUAUGAACGUGAACAUGAUGACUGUCCCAUGUAUUUUGACGACGGGUCCAAUCCAUACCAGCAGAUUGCCGAGCAGGCAGCAGUUCUGAUGGGCUCAGCAACUGGCCUCACCGGCCACCUGUCGUUCGUACACCUUGUGCUUUUGGCAUGUCUGCGUUUAUUGUUGUGACUGCAAGGCAGUUGGCGAGACAAUUGUCCUAUGCUGCAGACCUGAAGAGGCUCAAGACUUAAAAGAGACUUGUCCGUGCCGUGCAUGUUCAGUCUUGUGCUUGUGAUGUGUCCGAACACUCAUUAUCGAAGGGCCAAGAUUCCGUACUUGUGCUUGCGUUAAGACGACGCAGAUGUUGAAUUUCAGCGGAGUGUAUUGGCCAGGAUGGUUUUGAGGCAGUUGAUCUGUGCAGUCUCAAAACAUAUGUACUCUGUUUGCAAAUGUGUCGGCGCGAAGCUAGUUAAAGCUUCCAUCUAGAUGCAGAAAGAUUUCGCGAAUACUUUCCCGAUAUGUACUAAAACACAUUCUGUGAAAGCUCAAAUAUUUAAGUGCCCGCCCACAUAACAAGGUAAGGGAACUCAUUAUCAGCAUCAGCAUCCUUUAGUAGUUCUCUCUCAGCGUGAAGUCGAGAAAAAACAAGCAUACAGCAAUGCUAUGGGUGACAUUUGUACGGAAUUUCCAAGUAGUCACUGCUUGCCUUACCUCCGUUUCUCGACCUGGUGAAAGAAGGCCAAUCGAAGGACUUCUAACUGCGUUUGCCUUCGAACCUGCAGCUAGGUAGCAAGUUGAAAUUGGUAUUGUCACUCAUUUUCCAGUUUUGGCUUUAAUGCCAAACCUGAUAAUUUAGUUCAUUCAGUUGUUGCAGCAGCUUAGAAACUCUGGCACUCUGUCAUUUAGCACAUAGUGGCAAGCUGAUAGCUAGUAGAAGUGAUCUAAAUAUCAGCUUUUUGAUUAGAAUGGACUGUAAAGACAUUUCUAUGAGUUUGCACGAGUGAAUCUCAGAAUAGUGUUGAACUUUACGAUUGCUGGCUGUCUAAUAGUCCAGAGGUCACUCUGAUGAAGUCCUACUAACCAGUCAGUUGCACUGUCAAUCAAAAUAAUGUCAAGUCAUUCACUCCAAAAUCUUGUAAUGUCGAAACAAAUGUGCAGCGUGUUAGUGUGUGCAAUGAGAAGUGGGAAGAAAGAUCUUACUUGGCAGCAUUUUAAUUUUAACAGCGUAUGCUGCCUAGUGGUGCUCGUUAUUUUUAUUAUACAUGCAUCACGCCAGAACACUAUGUUUCUGUUGCAUUAUGUAACAAAACAUUCCAAGUUGCAUAACAGGGCAACUGCAGAGAGUGAAAUGCUUGUGGCUUUUUACACCACUGCCCAUGGUUCUUAUCAUGUGGCUAGUCUUUACUGUACAGCUCUCUCUUUUUUUUUUUGAGCAAUGUUUUUGUGUUGUUCCUUCCUUUUUGGUGUAAUCUCGAAUGAAUGACAUGUUGCAACACUUUUUUUGCCUGUAGUAUUAUGUAAUAGCUGUUUGAUGUUGCCGCUUUAGGACAGAAAGGACUACGGCUGUGACGCAGUUGUCUGUGUGGAGUCUGAAGCUAUGGCUUAUGUUUCAGCAGCAGCAUAUUACAGGCCAACAUCGCAUUAGGCAUAAAUCUAGUGGUCGAGAGUGUUUAUGCAUUUCAUUCCGUCCAUCUAAACUCCUUUCAGAUUUGACAUUACACUUACGACAUUAUACAUUUUAAAAUGUUCAGAUAACGUGGCUGUCAGAUCAUUAUAACUGACAUCACAAUGCGUUAAUGCAUUUCUGUACCGUUGUACAUUAUAGCAUAUCAAUCAGCAUUGAAACUAAAGUGAGCUUGCUGUCCAGAUCAUGACAAUUGUCUACGCAAGUUCUUGCUUCUUAUUAAAUAGCUAUUUUCAUGCCCUUUACCCCCCAAUAGAUCUGAAAUAUAACACCAGAUUGUUUCUUCUAAUGCAUAUACAUAUGUAUUUACACAUCUGUACAGUAUGCCUGUCUCGUGUACAAGAUCUUUUGUUAACCGUAUGUGAUGAAAGUUGUAUCAAACACGAUCUUCAUUUCUUUUAUGUGGAAUCUCAUAUUUACUUUCGUGUGCAUAUUUUUCACAUAUUAAAGGGAGCAAUAUGGUGUUUGCUGUAUCAUACAGAAGCAUAACUGGUGUAAUGAAUGAUGUGUGAUGUCAAGCUUGAACUACCCGUGACGUUGGAGUGAUACUUCGGUGAUGUUCACAUAAGCGAACUCAUUCCACAAAGAUUUUUCAGUUUCAGACGGCAAACCGGUAAAACCAUUGUUAUUUAUGGCAAAUUCUUCAGGCCAGUAAAUGCCAAGUCGUAGCUUAUUUUGAUUGCAAAUAAGGAAGUCGAUUUCGCAAAGUUAGUUAAGCAACUUUAUGCUUCUCUUAGAAGCUGAUUGCCAUCACUGAAUCUGUGGUCGCUACUAGUUGAGGCGCAUUCAUUUCCAAGAAAUCAUUACACUCGCAAGGCUGCAUGAAUAUUCAUCCCCGGAAUGCAUAACCAUGUUUCGGUGUUUCCCUUGCAUCCAUAUUGUUCGCCUUCGAAUGCUAUCA